AUGUUUGCAGACCUCAUCGGCAAGACAACAGAAGUCUACGUUGAUGAUAUGCUUGUGAAAAGCCUAAAGGCAGACGACCAUGUAACACACUUGGAUAAUACUUUUCGAAUCCUCAAGAGGUACAGGAUGAAGCUCAACCCCCUCAAGUGCGCUUUUAGUGUUGCCUCUAGUAAGUUCCUAGGUACGGUCCUAACCCGAGAAGAAGGAACCACCCAACUUCCCGUGUAUUACACCAGCAAGGCACUCCUAUCUCCGAAAACUCGCUAUCCCGAUAUGGAGAAGCUUGUCUUAACCUUGAUCACAGCCUCUAGGAAGCUGAGGCCCUACUUUCAAGCACACACCAUUCACGUUCUGACUAACUUCCUUUUGAGGCAAGUACUACAGAAGCCGGAUGGCUCGGGAAGACUACUAAAAUGGGCAGUAGAAUUAAGUGAAUUCAAUAGUUUGCCAAUAUACUCGAGGUGGAAGAGGUUAUGGAACUUGUUGAGCCCCCCACAUGGAACAUUUGUGGAUGGUUCGGCUGGAGACACAGGUUCAGGAGCUAGGGUAGUCCUUGUCAACCCAAAAGGUCAUAAGCUGAACUCAACCGUGAGAUUCGGAUUUAAGGCCACCAACAAUGCUGCUGAGUAUGAGGCCCUUCUUGCGGGCCUCAUAUUAGCCAAAGAAAUGCAGGUAAGAAGGCUAUGUGUCAAUAGUGACUCCCAGCUGGUUGUAAGCCAAGUGAAUGGCAGUUUUUCAGCUAAAGAUAAAAUCAUGGCCUCCUACUUGAAGAUGGUGAUGAACUUCCACCCAUCUUUUGAAAAAUUUGAAAUAAUGCAGAUCCCUCGCCUUGAGAACGCACAUGCAGAUGCUCUCUCUAAACUUGGGAGCAGUAGAGACUCCGAACUACUUGCUAUAGUACGAAUUGAGCACCUUCUCACGCCGUCUACCAAGGCCUCUGAGGCCUACAAGCUAAGAAGGAGGUCAACACAUUUUCUCUUCGUCGAUGACGUACUCUACAAAAGAAGCUUCUCCUCUCCACUUCUUCGCUGCAUGGAGGGAGACAAGGCUGCCUACAUUCUGAGGGAAGUCCACGAAGGUGUGUGUGGCAAUCAUUCAAGAAGAAUAGCCUUGACACAAAAGGUACUGAAGCAAGGGUACUACUGGCCCACCUUAAAAAAGGAUGCUCUCAAGUUCGUGUGCAAAUGUGACAAGUGCCAACGGUUCUCCCCCAUUUAG